CCAAUCUGACUGCCUCCUCAUUCGUCUCUGGAUUCUCCUGUGGCUCUCUGUGACCGGGCCAUUGUUAUAGGGGAUCCCUUAAGUGACAAACUUAAUGGAAAACUCUCGGCCGAUCCAUCACAGAGCAACCAGCCUAGAGGCACCCGCAGAGGCAGCUAAGUAGGACCUACGGCUCGGUGUCGGAUGGAUUCUUUCCAGCUGCUGCGGCGGCCACCACAGACUGCCUCCGUGCACGUGAAGCUGUAGUGGGAUCCCUGCGCCGUCUGAACACAUUCAACAAACAUGGCUGGUAAAAUUCAGAGUUUAACCGAGGAGGAAAGGGCGCACCUACUCCCCCUGCUACGCAACGCUCAGUGGGUGGAAGCUGUCGGAAGGGAUGCCAUUUACAAAGAGUUUGUCUUUAAAGACUUCAACCAGGCUUUUGGCUUCAUGUCCAGAGUGGCUCUACAAGCUGAAAAAAUGGACCAUCAUCCUGAGUGGUUCAAUGUCUACAAUAAGGUUCAGAUCACGUUAAGUACACACGACUGCGGGGGACUGUCCCAACGGGACAUCACUUUGGCUACCUUCAUUGACCAGGCAUCGCUGCUGUGAGCAACACUAGACCGAACAUUAGACGGGUCGGGUUCAACAGGAAGCAGUGUGAGUCGCCGGUCACCGCGCAGUCAUGAAGACCAUGACCGGUGUGCGCUGCACAAUCCAAAGAACAUGUACUGACCCUUCCCGUUUGACUGUGAACUGUGGAGCUGUGUUGGUGUUGCUCGACUGCAGAAGGCCAAAAACGUGCUGUUAUUAUGGUGUGCUGUGAAUGCAUUAAUGUGGCGUUAUGUCAAAAUGAAAUACAGAAUUUGAUGAAUAUUCCUGUAAAGGAAUAUAUCAUCUCUACCUACCAUUCCAGUUGUUAUCUAGGGUAACAUUUACAACACAAUCUCUCCCACUCGGACAUCCUUUGCCUUUAUGUGCCUAAUGUUUAAGAUGUUUUGUCUGAUGUCAGCAGUUAAAUAAAGGACAUUUUUG